AUGCUCCCGACUCCUGCUCCCAGUUCUCCGCCUCGUUCGCCACGGCAAGUGCCAGCCAGCACCCAGCAAGACGGUACCAGCUAUCCUGCGCCACCCCCUAGUGUCGGAAGUGCACCAUUCUACGUCCUGAUCCAGCUCUUCGAGAAGCUCCAAAACGAGCGUAAACCCGAACGCAGGAAGAGACUGCUGGACGGAUGGUUCAACCAUUGGCGCCAAGAGAUAGGCUACGACCUAUAUCCUGUCCUGCGCUUGAUUCUUCCUCAGAAAGAUCGUGAGAGGGCCGUGUAUGGCCUGAAGGAGAAGAACUUGGCGAAAGCAUACAUCAAGCUAAUACCCCUUGGGAUGAAAGACGCAGAUGCCAUCCGGUUACUGAAUUGGAAGAAACCUGCCGAUAAAGAUAGAUCUUCGGGGGAUUUCCCCACUGUCUUGUACGAGGUCGUGAACAAGCGGUCAUCCGUCAUAAAAGGCUUGCUGACCGUACACGAACUGAAUGACGUUCUCGAUGAGUUGUCUCAGAAUAUAGGAAAACAAGAUGUACAAUCUAGGAUUUUGCAGCGAGUAUAUAACCGUUCAACGCCGGAGGAGCAACGCUGGAUCGUCCGUAUUAUAUUGAAAGAUAUGACCAUCUCCGUCAAGGAAACCACCGUGUUCUCAGUUUUCCACCCCGACGCCCACGAUCUAUUCAACACUUGUUCCGACCUCAAGAAGGUUGUGUGGGAACUGUGGGAUCCUAAAAGACGUCUGAACGCCGCAGACAAGACGAUCCAGUUGUUUCGUUCGUUUGCACCGAUGCUCUGCAAACGUCCGACCCGUCGACUCGAAGAUUCGGUCAAGGAGAUGGGUGGCCGGACGUUCUUCAUAGAAGAGAAGCUCGAUGGAGAACGCAUGCAGCUUCAUAAACGCGGGAACGAAUAUUUCUACUGCUCGAGGAAGGGGAAGGAUUACACAUAUCUAUAUGGCAAGCAUGUUGGGAUGGGUAGCCUUACCCCUUUCAUCGACAAGGCGUUCGAUUCGCGAGUAGAAGAUAUCAUUCUUGAUGGUGAAAUGCUUGUAUGGGAUCCUGUCUCCGGGAGAAACUUGCCAUUCGGCACCCUCAAAACCGCGGCGUUAGAUCGGACGAGAAAAGAACAGAAUCCUCGCCCAUGUUUCAAGGUUUUCGAUCUCUUGUACCUCAACGGCAUGCCUCUACUGCAGAAAUCCACCAAAUUCCGACGACGGAACCUGCGGGCCUGUUUGACCCCGAUACCCGGUCGCAUAGAACUUGUCAGCGAGUUCGAGGGCAAGACGGCCAAGGACGUACGCACGCGCAUGGAAGAGGUAAUGGAGAACCGUGGAGAAGGCCUUAUUAUCAAGCACCCGGACAGCGAGUACGUGCUCAAUGGACGUAACAAGGAUUGGAUCAAAGUGAAGCCCGAGUACAUGGACAAUAUGGGGGAAACCGUUGAUGUACUGGUCGUUGCCGGGAACUACGGAACUGGACAUCGUGGGGGCGGUGUGUCGACCCUGGUGUGUGCGGUCCUGGACGAUCGCCGAAGACCGGAGGAGGAUGACGAGCCAAAAUAUGCCUCCGUCGUGCGUAUUGGUUCCGGUCUCAGUUUCGCCGACUACGUAUGGAUCCGGAGUAAACCCUGGAAAAUAUGGGCCGAGAGAAAUCCUCCUAGCUUUUACCUUACAGCCCCAAAGGGUACCGAGGAUAAAGGCGAUGUAUAUCUCGAACCAGAAGAUUCUUUCAUAAUCAAAGUGAAGGCUGCUGAGAUUGUUACUUCGGACUUGUAUUAUCUUGGUUUCACGAUGAGAUUUCCUCGCGCAGUGAACAUACGUGACGAUCUUUCCGUUGCCGAUUGCAUGACAGCUACGGAGUUUCUGGCUGAAAUGUCGGAGAGUAAGAAGCGCAAGGUAGAAGAGGAGACUGUGAAGCCGGAAAAGAAAAGAAAGACGGCGUCGAAGGUUCACGUCCUCUCCGAAUAUGGAAUGGGUGGGUCGAGGCUGAAGGAUGUGGCGGUCGAAUCGGUUCUAUUCAGAGGAAUGAGAUUCAUGGUAGUAUCCGACCCAAAAUCGAGGACUGGGGACGAGGACAAGCGCGACCUGAUGAAACUAAUCCACGCCAACGGUGGAAAGGUGGCCCAAGUUGUCUCGAAGAAGUUCCCUACACUGGUUGUGUAUGGAGGGUCGACAAUUCCAUACGACAUAAGGUUGAUCAUGCAGAAGGAUGAGGCUGAUAUCAUUAAGCCUCAGUGGAUCUUCGACUGCCUCUCACAGAGCGAAGUGAUCCCUAUGACGAAGAAAUACUUCUUCCACGCAACGUCUCGGAGGCAGGAAACCGACGAGUAUCGGCUACCGGAUGACGAUACGGUCAUGGCAGAAACAGCGAAUGUCGCGUUACGCCCCGCAAUCCCAACUCAGCAAGAGGAUCCGGAGCCUAAGGAAGAGGAAGAUCCGUCCCUGACGGAUUGGUUCAAUGUCAAGGGCGACGCGACUGCACAUCAGUCACCGCCCGGUUCUGACACAGAGUCAGAAACCGAACCAGAAUCCGACAACGAAGACACCAAAGAAGAAGAUACUGAGGAUGGCUGGUAUAAGAUUGAGAAUCUCAUGUCCAGCGAGGAUGCAGGAAGGAUCACAGAACUGGCGGAAGUUGUUCGUGGACCUCAGGUCGAGGAAGAAGCCGAAGCGGCGAAGAUGGGCGAAGACGACGAAGCCAUGGAAUACGAUCAGAACCUAAUCUUCAAGCAUCUCUGCUUCUACUUGGAUACACCUAUGAACGCGCGAAACCAUGGCAUGCCUAUCAAGACCAAACACGAGUCCGACAUCCAGCAACGCUUCGUUGAGAUCGACAGACUGAUCAGGGAGAACGGCGGACGCGUCGCAGACUUGGACGAUCCGAAGCUCACACACAUAGUUCUGGACAAGAGGGACGAUAGCCGGCGGCGAGAGCUGACGAAGCGGACGUCAAAGUAA